AUGGCAGCACCUACAACACUACCAGCACUGUUGACGUCGCUAACACAGUCGCUGUCAUCAGCACUCGAAGUCACACCAAAACUCGCAACUAUCGAGCACCAGAAGGAUGGCAUUUCACUUCUCGAUGUGAAGAAUGAGCUUCUACUGUCAUACCUACAAAACCUCGUCUUCUUGAUUCUACUAAAGUUGCGCAACUCGAAAUCAAACUCGGAUAAGGCUGAAGAUGAAUCCGAACUAGAUGAAUCUGUGAGGGCAAAGCUGGUUGAGCUACGACUCUACUUGGAAAGGGGAGCCCGACCACUGGAAGAGAAGUUGCGCUUCUCUAUUGAUCGAUUCCUCCGAACAGCGGACGAUGCAGAGCGCGAGAGGCAGGCAAAGGAAGCCAAGGCUGCAGCUGGAUCAGAUUCCGAGGAUGAGGAAGACUCAGAGGAGGAGGCAGAUGCUGAGGCCCUGUCUCACAAGCCAGGCAACUUUGGUGCUAUGGCUGAUGAUGUUACCGCUCGCCGGGCGGAGCGCGAUGGAGGAGCUGCGGGUGUAUACCGCCCACCCAAGAGAGACCGAGCCACAAUGGAUGCGCCUCAACGACGCGAGAAGCACGAUCGUCGCGCUGGCAAGUCUCACACCAUGGAGGAAUUUGUUGCCUCAGAGCUAUCCAGCGCACCUUUGGCAGAGCCUAGUAUUGGUACCACAAUUGUCCAGGGUGGUCGCAAGAUGAAGACCGAUGCCGAGCGAAAGGAGGAGGCAGAGCGCCGAGAUUACGAGGAAAUGAACUUCACACGUCUUCCCAAGGAGAGCAAGAAGGACCGAGCUCAAAAGGCGAAGCAGGCUGGUCGCAGCAACCGCAUGCAGUUUGGUGGCGAGGAUUGGCACGAUCUGGGACAGGGUGUCGACCGUAUCGAUCGCCUUACCAAGCGCAAGCAAUCAGGUGGAAACGUUCGUGCUCUUCUGGACAAGAGCCGAAAGCGUGGAAUCGACACAACGGAUGGACCUCGAGGAAGCGGUAUGGGAGGUGGUAUUGGAGACAGAUUCAACAAGAGAGUCAAGGUAUUGGAGGGUGGACGCCGCGACCGUGGAAAAGGUCGAUAG